AAGGGACGGCCCAAUGGCGAGCGGCAUUUUAAUAUCCACGCACGAUGCAAGGAACAGAAAGCAUAUGGUCACCGAUGGUUCGUAGCGACGUCGCCGCCCACGCAUUUAUGCCGCCGCGCGCCGCGCUGGUACGUUCGAGCGAGCCCUGUGGUCUGGUCUCUCGACGUUUGCCCGGCUAAGCUGCGGAGCCGUCCGACGACCUGCCCGGCCGCGUGCUACUGCAUAUACACUGCACGUCCCCGUGGUCUGUCGUUCUGUCAACAGUGCCCACGGGACGGGCCCCCGGGCACGACGACGUUGAACGAAACGAACGUUGCUGCCUUGCUGGCGUGAAAGGCGACGCGCGUCGUGCGACGGCCACCAGAGAGUCUCCGCGCUCACGGGAUCCGAGCGCCCAGCGGUGCGGGCCAGCUCGUCUCGUCUGAGCACACAGCACAGGGCGAUUGCGCUGGGAGCCAAUGCGCUGCGCCCGCGGGCCACGGCGGGCCCAAUGCCAUGAUGCGCCGGCCCGGGUCGCCGUCACGUACGCGCGCAUGGGUUCCUUCAUCCCUUGCCGACUCCCCUGUCAGAAAAAAAAAAUACGAGGCCGUGUCCUUCCUGUCAGAAUUUAGAAACACAUCAAACCUUCCGCUCUCUUCCCUUCCUUUGCGGGCUGCUCUCCAGUUCAGGCGUCCAGCUUCGCCCAGAGUCCAGACACGGCCAACAGUUAAACGCGCCACCGCCACCACGCUCGCACGCACGCCCCACAGGUACAGCUAGCUCCCACCCCUCAACAGCAACAGCUAAGCUUCUCCUAGCAGACAGCAACAUGACCGAGGAGGAGGCCAAAAAGGUGGAGGUGGAAGUGGAGGUCACCAAGGCGGCGCCGGCGAAGGAGAACGCCGCCGAAGAGAAGGCCGUCAUCCCCGCGACCGAGCCGCCGGCCGCCCAGGAGAAGCCGCCAGCGCCGGCCGACGACUCCAAGGCCCUGGCCAUCGUCGAGAAUAAAUCUACUCCUGAGAAGCCUAUCGCUGAGAAGCAAGGGGGCUCCAGUAUCAGAGAUCUCGCUCUUGCAAGGGUGGAAACGGAGAAGAGGAACUCUCUGAUUAAAGCAUGGGAAGAUAAUGAGAAGGCAAAAGCUGAUAACAAGGCUACUAAGAAAGUAUCUGUUAUUCUUUCAUGGGAGAACACAAAGAAAGCAAACAUAGAAGCUGAAAUGAAGAAGAUUGAGGAACAACUGGAAAAGAAGAAAGCUGAAUAUGCUGAGAAGAUGAAAAACAAGGUUGCAAUGAUCCACAGGGAAGCCGAAGAGAAGCGAGCGAUGGUGGAGGCAAAGCGCGGCGAGGAGGUCCUGAAGGCCGAGGAGAUGGCUGCCAAGUAUCGGGCCACCGGCCACGCCCCUAAGAAGCCCAUUGGGUGCUUCGGAGCCUAAGAAAUGUUCCAAGUCACACCGAGCAGAAAGUGAGAAACCUCAACCAGUGAUUGCUUGGUCACCUCGCUCUAUCAAGUGUGUAGUGUGUGUUCGAAAGUGUGUAAGUCCUACUGCUCCUGUAUAUAUAGAUAUCGCUUCCAAGACGUGUACAUGUUGGAUGCUUGAUGUGAAACUUUUUUAUGUAUAGUUAAGGAGUCACACUGUUGUUUUCGUUGUUGUUGACAUUUAAGUGGAUUUUUUUGUUGUUCUCCUUGUGUUGGUAUUU